GAUGAUCGCACCCAGCCCCGCGCCGCCGCCGCCGUCUCGGCAACUGCACCGCCCGCAAACAUGGCUCAGUGACUCGGACAAAAGCUGCAGUCUCCCUCCCGGCGGGGCGGACGCCAGGCCUCCUUGGUCGGGCCGCACCUCCCCGCGGACCUGCCAAAAGAGCACCGCGCCCCGCAGGCACCCGAGACCCGCGUGGAAGAUGCACCGGGCGUUCCACCCCAGCGAGCCCCGCACCCCAGCCCGCAGCUCGAAACCUCGACCUUGAAGAUGGUGAGUAGCCAGCCAAAGUACGAUCUAAUACGGGAGGUAGGCCGAGGUAGUUACGGUGUUGUGUAUGAAGCAGUCAUCAGAAAGACCUCUGCACGGGUGGCAGUGAAGAAAAUUCGAUGUCACGCACCUGAAAAUGUUGAACUAGCCCUUCGUGAGUUCUGGGCACUAAGCAGUAUCAAGAGCCAGCAUCCAAAUGUGAUUCACUUGGAGGAAUGCAUCCUACAAAAGGAUGGGAUGGUGCAAAAGAUGUCCCACGGCUCUAAUUCUUCCCUUUAUUUACAGCUUGUAGAAACUUCAUUAAAAGGAGAAAUUGCCUUUGAUCCCAGAAGCGCCUAUUAUUUGUGGUUUGUGAUGGAUUUUUGUGACGGAGGAGAUAUGAAUGAGUAUCUGUUGUCCAGGAAACCCAAUCGUAAAACUAACACCAGCUUCAUGCUUCAGCUGAGCAGUGCCCUGGCUUUCUUGCAUAAAAACCAGAUCAUCCACCGAGAUCUUAAGCCUGAUAACAUCCUGAUUUCUCAAACCAGGUUGGAUACCAGUGACUUGGAACCUACACUCAAAGUGGCUGAUUUUGGUCUAAGUAAAGUUUGUUCAGCCUCUGGGCAGAACCCAGAAGAACCUGUCAGUGUAAACAAGUGUUUCCUUUCCACAGCAUGUGGAACAGAUUUUUACAUGGCUCCUGAAGUUUGGGAAGGACAUUACACAGCAAAAGCUGACAUCUUUGCUCUGGGGAUUAUCAUCUGGGCAAUGCUGGAAAGGAUCACAUUCAUAGACACAGAGACAAAGAAGGAACUCUUGGGGAGUUAUGUCAAACAAGGAACUGAGAUUGUGCCUGUUGGGGAGGCACUUCUGGAAAAUCCCAAAAUGGAACUUCUCAUUCCUGUGAAGAAAAAAUCUAUGAAUGGGCGAAUGAAACAACUGAUUAAGGAAAUGCUGGCUGCAAACCCUCAGGAUCGUCCAGAUGCUUUUGAACUAGAACUCAGAUUAGUACAAAUUGCAUUUAAAGAUAGCAGCUGGGAAACGUGACACAUAUUAUUUGCAAAUACCAUGGAUGAUAUGCUGCUUCUGUUUAACAGUGAUGCAACAUUAUGUGGCUGAAAAAGAAUAUAAAAAGCUAGACUCCACCCUCUAAGGGUUUAGAUUUUUUGUGGGAUUUUUUUUUUCCUCAUUUUUCUUAAAGCCAAGUUGGCCG